UACACCUUUUAAUUUCAGCUUGUGCUUUGUUGAAGAUCGCUGCCUUUUGCAGCUUGACUACACUGCUGGGCUGAUCAUGUUACUUCUAGAACCUUAGAGUCCGCUGUCAAACUGCCGAGCAGUAGAAACGCUCACAGCUGGCAGCUGCCCACACAAACGAAGCGGCGAGUCUCCCGUUCCGCACCUUCUGCUGCCUCCACAUCCCCUUCCUGUGUCCAGGUGUGAAGCCGCAAUCAGACUGCGCGCACGGCGCGAGGGCCGCGCUCUCGCUCCGCACACACGCACACAGACAGAAGCGGUGUCGCGCGCUCUGCGUCAAUGCGCGGUGCAGGGCGCAGCCUCCGCCGCAGCGCGCACUCGGCGACGCGAACGCGCACCCGGCUCGCCAACAACAUGGCCCUGGACAACCUCCUGUUCGCGCAGUGCGUCCUCUACUUCUUGGCGUUCGCGUUCGGCUUCGUGGCCGUGGUGCCGCUGUCCGAGAACGACGACGACUUCCAGGGGCGAUGCGUGCUGUUCACGCGCGGCAUGUGGCAGAACGAGAACAUCACGGUGGCCAAGCAGCGCUUCGUCGUGGACGAGUGGGGUCCCGAAUCCUCCUGCAGCUUCGUCACCUUCGUGGGCAUUGCCUCCCUCAUCUUGUCCGCCGUGCAGGCGUGGAGGCUGCUCUUCUUCCUCUGCAAAGGGCACGACGACUCAAUCUUCAACGCCUUCCUGAACUUGCUGGUCAGCUCUCUGGUGGUUUUUGCUGUUUUUGUGGCUAGCACCAUCAUCAGUGUGGGCUUCAACCUAUGGUGUGAUGCUAUCACGGAGGGUGGGCCAACACCCAGCAGCUGUGAGGAGAUGCAGGACACUGAUCUGGAGCUGGGCCUGGACAACUCUUCUUUCUAUGACCAGUUUGCUAUAGCGCAGUUUGGCCUGUGGGCAGCCUGGCUCACCUGGUUGGGCAUUGCGGUGUUGGCCUUCCUGAAGGUUUACCACAACUACCGGCAGGAAGACCUGCUGGACAGCCUCGUGCAUGAGAAGGAGCUGCUGCUGGGUCGCGCCGGCCACCGUCCCUCCGAUGCUCACGAUAAAAAUGCCAUGAUCUAGGGGUUUUGUGAAAAGCACCCGGGUUGCUUACAAACUUCGGACCGACUGACAGACCAAAUGACUAAUUGGCAGGAUGGGCUAUUGAUCAGAGUGGUCACGCUAAACCAGGCACAUUUCCCGUUGGGCCCUGUGGCAGGUUUGUUGCAUUACUUGGUGCUGUACCUCUGCUCCUCUUUUAUCAAUGUAACUAUGGAAACCAUGCAGGACUAUGGCACAAGCUCUUGGAGCUGAUAUAGGGCAACCCUGUUGUUUCCUCAGUCUUAACAAGCAUUCAUGUGUUUUACAAGGGAGGCCCCUUUUCCCCUAAGGCACACACUGUCAAGUGCAGGCAGUAAGAAGCUCCUUAACGGGGAGAGAAGUACGGCACUGUGUAGUCCCUGUUGUGAAACCCAGUGGAUAGUUUGCCCAGAGAUGUAUAAAAGGGCUAAACAGCAAUGGCUUCCGUAUUCCUUUUCUCUCUCCCUAACGUGUAUGUGAAGUGAGUGCUCAACACAGUGAUCGCAGUCCACUGUUACUAGUCUCUAGCGAAGGUCUUGUGACACAGAGCUGGCAGCACAGGGAAAAAGAGCCACAUCAGGCCCUGUGCAACUUCAGUCGUCUCGGUUGCAGUCCGUGGCACCCGGGCAACACGAAUAGAGCGCGGCAGGGACGAGCCCUUUCCACAGCGCCCCGUGGGUGGAGGAAGGUGAUGUCGGUGGGGGAGGUUUGUAAACAACACUCUGCUUCAGAGAUGGACAUUUGUCCUGGUGAAACCUGUGGCCUAGUAGACUCUGCUUUGUGGAGUACUUUGCAUGCAGCAGCAAGUGUGCGUGUAUGUAUGUGUGUGUGUGAUGUGCUUUUGCAGCGUCACCUGUACAUGACUACCAAACAGCAUUGUGUAAAAAGUUCAACUUUAUAUGAAGGAACAUGUGUUGUUUAGCAAAUUAAUCUCCUGUCCACCAGACAGCCUGCAGUCAAGCUGCGAUUCUGUGAGGAGCUUUACUCAGCUUUCACAAGAAGUGACCAUCUGAUGAUACUGCUGGUACAAACUCGUGGCAAGGUUGGCAUUUGACAGUGUGGGUCCUCCUGGGGAUCGCAGACUGGCGCUGCGCUGACAGCACGAGUAUCUUGUGUCAAUGGCAGCCACGGCACCUUCUGGAAGGGACCGAAGGUUCCGAGGGUAAGCGCUGUGCUGAGACACGGCUAGUUUCCAUUCCCCUUUGCGGCACAGGGCCUGCAGGCUGUCUCUCCUAUUACAUGUUGCACUUGCAUUCAUCUGGCUGCCCUGCAUCUCUGUGAUGUUUUCACCCGCCAGCCCUUUUCCGUUCCCUUUUUCUACAUUGUGAUGAGCAGCUGGGUUCAUCAAGCACAGCAUCGAGUUAUGUUGGCAAUGCCGGUUUUUUUAUUGAAAAGAAUCCCAAAUGAAAAAGAGAAGAGGCACUUGUUUUUAGAGUGAUCACGUACAUUCAAUCAGCAGUGAAAUACAGCUACUAAACAAAGAUGAGCAGAAAAAGGCCUUGUGAACAUGCUUUUAUUUAUUGCUGAAAACCUCUCCUGAAUCCAGCAUAGAAUAUGGAUUAUUGUGUAAAAAAAUAGUGUAUCUACCUGGACAACUGUUGCUUUGUAUUGCUUGAACUUGCAGUAAAAGGCUUCCUAACACA